CGUUGUCGAGCCACCAUACAAGGAUUGCUUGCCCAGGCCAUGUGUCUUAAGACCCCACCCCUGUGGAUGUUGAAUAUAGCGUAUAUGUGAAGGAAGGAAAUGGCGGAGGAAUUGAAUGUGGCAAUUGGUUAACAUACAUAAUUAUUUUGCUCCCCAGUAGACCGUUCAACAUCAAGACAAACCAUUUCACAGACAUCUCACAAGACCAACAUGGCACCUUUUCUGAGCGAAACUCCAACCAACGGAAACACCAAUGGCCAUACGAAUGGGUAUGGCAAUGUCGUCAGCAAUGGUCUUCGUGCGCCCGGAUUGGACUUGACGGUGCUUGGAUUGAACUCGGGCACAUCCAUGGAUGGGAUCGAUUGCGCGUUGUGCCGAUUCAGACAAGAUUCGCCCGACUCACCCAUGCAUUUCGAACUGUUGGCUUAUGAUGAAGUACCACUGGAACCCAAGAUCAAGAAACGAGUCAUGAACAUGAUUUUGCACAAUCAAACCACCCCCGAAGAGCUUUCAGAAGUCAAUGUACUGCUGGGAGAGACAUUCGCCGCGGCGGUCAAGGAGUUUUCGCAAAAGAAUCAAGUUCCACUGGAAAAUAUCGACGCUCUAGGCUCUCACGGUCAGACAAUUUGGCUGCUCAGCAUGCCGGAACCAGGCCAGACCAAGUCCGCCUUGACCAUGGCUGAGGGUUCAUUCCUCGCCUCGAGAACUGGUAUCACUUCAGUCACCGAUUUCCGAGUGUCAGACCAGGCUGCUGGUCGGCAAGGCGCCCCUUUGAUUGCAUUUUUCGACUCGCUCGUCCUUCAUCACCCUACCAAGCUCCGAGCAUGCCAGAAUAUUGGUGGAAUUGCCAACGUAUGCUUCAUCCCACCGGACAAAGAUGGCCGGCUCAAUCCAGAAUUCUUCGACUUUGACACCGGUCCUGGAAAUGUCUUCAUCGAUGCAGCAGUCAGAUACUUCACCAACGGCGAGCGAGAAUACGACAAAGACGGGGCCAUGGGAGCAGCAGGAAAGGUCGACCAAGACCUGGUAGAUGAGUUCCUCCAGACUCACCCAUAUUUCAGCCUGGAGCCACCCAAAACGACAGGUCGGGAGGUGUUUCGAGAUACCAUCGCUCAUGAUCUGAUCAAGCGAGGCCUAGCCAAAGGUCUCUCUGAAAAUGAUGUGGUAGCAACCAUCACUCGAGUGACCGCACAAGCAAUCGUGGAGCACUACCACCGGUAUAUGCCCCGGGAAUAUGGACCUCUAGCUGAGAUAUUCAUGUGCGGAGGCGGAGCUAAGAACCCCAACAUCACUCGAUAUAUGCAAGCAGCGUUCCCAGAGACUCGAAUUGUCAUGCUCGAUGAAGCUGGGAUCCCCGCAGACGCCAAAGAAGCCAUCACCUUUGCCUGGCAAGGGAUGGAGGCCGUGGUGGGAAGAAGCAUUCCAGUACCAAGCAGAGUGGAGUCGCAGAGACAGUUUGUGCUUGGAAAGGUCAGUGCAGGAGAGAACUACCGGAAAGUCAUGAGGCACGGUAUGGAGUUUGGAGCAGGACGAGAGCAUCUACCGCCUGUGACGGAGCUGGUGAAUUAUGUCAAGGGCAAGGUGUUUGACAAUAAAUGGUAGGGUAAAGGUUGAAUUGGGGAAGAUGAUAUCUAGAAUACUUGGUGUUAGUGAUCAAUGGCCUUUGGAGUAUAGUUUAAUAUUGAACCGCCCCCUGGCCAGACUCUGAAUCGGUCAAUAUGUGUGUAGUCUUGAAACUCAAGGGAAGAUGAAGAAAUGAAGUCGAUAAGUCGAAAUGAGACGAAUGUCAAAG